AUGCUAUUCUUUGUCAUUCUCCAAGUGCUCUGUAGCCUCCUGAUCUGGCUGUCACUCUACAGCGGCUUCCGGUUUUGGCAGAAACAUCGCCCCUCGGAAUGGAGCUGCCGGCUGGUCACCCUGGCCCACGGCUUGAUCGUCACCUUCCUCUCCGGCUACAUAGCUCUUGUCGACGGGCCCUGGCCUUUGACUCAUGCAGGCGACCCCAACACAGCUCUCCAGGUCUGCCUGAUGUGUCUGACCCUGGGCUACUUCCUCUUCGACCUGAGCUGGUGCAUCUGUUUUGGCAGCGAGGGCGAUCUGAUGCUCUUCCACCACAUGCUGAGUGUCGCCGGCUUGGUCCUGGUGCUGCUGCUCGGGGAGUCGGCCACCGAGAUCAACGCCGUCCUCUUCGUGAGCGAGAUCACCAACCCGCUGCUGCAGGCGCGCUGGUUCCUGCGGGAGAUGGGCCGCUACCCCAGCCUUGCGGGUGACAUGGUGGACUUCCUCUUUGUUGCACUUUUCGUGGUGCUGCGGAUCGUCGGAGGAGCCUGGAUCAUGUGCGUGGUCAUGGCUUCGACACGGACCAUCUGGGUGCUGAAGAUGGGGGUCCUGGCGAUGUACCUUGUGUCCUUGGGAUUUAUGCUGGACAUCAGCCGGUUUGCCAGGAAGAAAGUGAUGAAGAAAUAUUCUGCUUGGAAAACAGGGAGAGAGCUGCCAAAGAGCAACAGACAUUUGCCCAUGUGUUAA